AUGGCGUGUCGAACUACUUCCCGUCGAAAUGCUGGUGAUGUAAUGACAAUGAGACAAUUACGAGAAGAGCAGGAACUAGAAGACACAACUGCCGAUAGAUUGGAUGCUGUAGGCGUCAAAAAUAAUAAAAAUGGUGGGCCUGGAGAGGCUACAAGUCACGAAUUUGCAAUCCAAUGCAAGAAUUGGGCCAAUAAAAUAGGUCGUUACGUUGUAGAUGAGCUUGCAGGGAUGCUCUCCAAACGUGACAACUGUAGUAAAAUUAGUAUUGUGGUGGCGCCCUUUGGAUAUACAUCUGAAGCAAAGAAAGUCGGACGGGAGCAAGGCAUAAUCUUGACAAACGUAAAAGAUUUAUGCAAUGAUCUUUUUGAUAAAAUUGCCAAAAAACAAAAAGCAAAAGAUCGAUUUAUUUAA